AUGGUAAGGUCCUGACCACACGCACGCUCAUACAGGUGGUGGAUUAAUCAGAAACAGACCUGUUCCUGUGUGGGUGUGUGUGUGUGUGUGUGUGUCUGCAAAAGCAUUUUCUCAUGCAACUGGGAAUUCACACACACACACACACACAUCCACACACUUACACACACGAGUGCCUGUUGAUUGGCCGCAGACAGGAGGUCGAUGGUGUUUGUUUUACUGAUAACCUUAUCUGAUUGGUUGACCUCUGCUCUGCCUGACGUCCGAGGAUUGGAUCGCACGAGCGGACCGCCGCAGACUUAAACAUCAUGUCGUCACCAGGGAGCCAGACCGCAUGAAUUUUAUAUCCACAGAGCAGUCCUACCCAGACCUGGUCCACAUGGAUCAGACCUUCUGUGCAGACCUGAAGGACUGGGUCUGGAUUUGGCACAGCAGGGUUUUGUUAGCUGCGUUUACAUGGGCACAAAUAAUCGGAAUAAAGGACUGAUCGGAAUUAAAAUGCGUCAUGUAAACGUGUCGAUCGGAAGAUUCAGAUCCAAUUCGGCUCAAACGGAAAGAAAGUGUAUUCCGAUCGAGAGGGGUGGUUAUGCCGAUCUUUAUUCCGAAAAGCGUCCAUGUGAACACUUAUUCCGAUCGUGACUCUCUAACUUGACUCAGUCUUCACUCUUUAGCCUUUGGUUCAAUUAUUGAGGUCAGUACAGGAGGUGUGUCUGCUCCUCCGCUAACAUAAGAAGGCGUACAUACAGCGUAACGAUGCCACAUCUGCACGCACAGAGCGACUUUUGACAGAACAGUAAAACAAGUAAGCAAGGGCGCCAUCUAGUGACAACAUUUAACAGGAGGGAAAACUUCUGAAUCGGCUGUGGUGAGCUACGAUCGCAUUUGUUGGUUUGUUGACAGAAGAGGCGAAAAUAAAAAUCUUCUUUGCGUUUUUUUUUUUUGGCGACAUCAGACGACUCUGCGCAUGUCCAAAUGAUUCUAAUCUGAGUAAAGCUCACAUGACAUGCAUGUAUAAAAAUACGCACAUCAUUAUCGGAUUAUUUGAUUUUGCUGGAUUCAGAUUUCCGAUCUCUCAAAUUUUUAAUUGGAUCAAGAAAUUUGGCCCAUGUCAACAUGGUUAUUGUCCUGUUAUUUCCACACUAAAAGCAUCACACAUGGAUAAAGCAUAGAGGGGACAUGAUACAGUUAGACCAUCAGAGGUUGAGUUGAUGAUUAUUUCUACAAUUGGAUAUUUAAAGUUCUGAAACGUAUAUUUAAGAUGGAGGAGUCAUGCCUGAUCUCUCAGGAGCAGCAGGAAAGUAUUAACAAAAAUAUAAAAGCAUUGAAGCUCAAACUUCUCAUUUUGUCUCUGGAUAGUAGAUGUCUGCGCUGACAGCCCUCCUCCCUUUGAGCCUUUUCGAGGAAAGUGAUAUGCUUGAGCCUGAUUCUCUAUCAGCCUGCGGGAUAUUCUGGAGACCAGAUUACAAAAUAUGUGCAGUGCAUGCUGGGAGGACUUGGAUCUGCAGCUGUUGGGCUCUCUUUUGUUUUAACGGGGUCUGAACUUGGUGUCUGCAGGUUUCUAAACCAACUGAAGACACAAAAGCGACGACACAGAAAUAUACUGUUUAUAAAGUUGGAUUGAAUGUUUUCACAAAACCUGACAGUGGAUUUAGUUUGAAUCUUAUUUUACCUAAAAGUAAAACUCCAGAGUACAAAAACAGGAUUUAUGUGCAGGAGAAAAUGUGGGUUUCUGGUCCACGCUGACUUUGGUGGAUGUGGAGAUGAGAACAAAAGUCUGCAAAGAGCGAAUGAAAGAGUCAGUUUAGUGGGCUCUAAGUUCAUAUAAAAGGACGACUUGUUUGGCUUGUGGUCAAAGAUGAACGCUCUGAAUCUUCAUAAUUAUAUUUGGCAAAAAAAGCAGGAAUGUGGGUUUUGUUAAGGACAGAGCUCUCGGUAUUUUUUUCAGCAUUCACUUCAUGCCUGGCUGAAUCAUCAAGGAUUGUUUUUCAAGUGGAGCAACCGUAUCGUCUCCUUCAUUUCCAAGGACGUGCAACAAAAACAGCUGUGAGUUCAGAGGAGAGAGAGGGCUGUCAUUACGCCGCUCGUCCUUGACUGUAGACACAGCAAACUUUGAAGAAGACCGACUGCUCUCAUAGACGGUUCAAUGAGGGAUAGAGCAUCUCUGAAACUCUGGAGAACAUCAUCAUAUCUGUAUUGUCACCUGGAAAAAAAACACAAAAUACAAACACAUGUCCCUCUGUGGACUGAAAUUCUCCUGAGAUUUAACUCAACACAAGUUUGACAAAAUGAUUUAGAGUCCCAGACAGCAAGAGGGGGAGAGAACCUCUAAGUGAUAUAGAGGCGGUGUCACGUUUCUUUAAAAGCACCAAGAGCCGCAGUGAGUUUCCUCGGGUCUUUCCUUUGUCUGGAUUCAUCUGCAUAAAGCCCUCCUCCUCGACUCGGAUUGGCUAGGCUCCGCCAGCAUGUGAAAACCCACAUCCAAACUUUCUCAGUUGGAGCAAAACUUUCCUGAGUUGAGGAGGAUGAAGUGAGAGGCUGGACGCCAGCAGCUGUAUGAGUGAGUAACGGCGGCGGCGGGGCAGAGAGAGGCUGGGGAGGGAGGAUGAUCUCAUGAAUGUUAGUGUCUUUAACUUUGUAUUGAAAAGGUGUGGAGGUUUGUAUUUCAUUUAAAAAAACAACAUUUCUCCUCUCAGGUUUGGUUUUGUUAGACUUUACUGUUAAGACUUUCAACGUCAUCUUUGUGAUUUUUGUUUAUUUAUUUUUUCCAGAUAAGCAGUUUUAAAACAGUUUUAAUAACUUGAAGAAAAAAGUCAAACCUGUUUUUUUUGGCUUUGUUUUUUUAGCCCCUGGACCGACGAUUACUUCCCAUCAUCAUGCUGCUGGCUCUGCUUCUGAUGAGUCUUUGCCGAGAUGCUCUUUCUACCGAGCUGACAUCAAUAACCAUCCAGUAUCGGGUCUGGGAGGAGCAGCCACCAGGAACCCGGGUUGGAUGUCUGCUGGACGACCUCCGGCAGAGGGAUGAAGGUGGCCCCCUUGAGGAUUUCCAGGUGGUGGAGCAUGGUAAAGCCCUUCCCUUUUCUGUCAGUACACGAGACGGCAUCAUCUCCACCCAAGGCCAGCUGGACAGGGAGGAGCUGUGCAGAGGGUCAGACCUGUGCGAGCUGGCCUUCAGCGUCCUCUACAGGAAAAGCGGUGCUGUGAACUGUCUGCGGGUUCGGGUGGAGGUGAUGGACCAGAAUGACCACAGUCCCAGCUUCCCCAGCCCUCUGCAGGAAGUGGAGAUCUCAGAAACAGCCAGUCUUAGGAUGCGGAUCCCUUUGGACAGGGCAGUGGAUCCUGAUGCAGGGCCGAAUGGCCUCCAAACGUACACACUGUCCAUCAACCAACACUUCGCCCUGGAUGUGACUGCGGCUCCAGGUGGGACAAAACAAGCAGAGCUGGUCGUGAUCAAAGAGUUAGACAGGGAGGUCCAGGCCUCAUUUGACCUCACUGUGGUCGCUUGGGAUAAAGGGAACCCCCCCAGGUCCGGGAGCACAUUAGUCCGUGUUAAUAUUCAGGACUCAAAUGAUAACAGCCCCACAUUUGAGGACAGCACCCCCACUGUGGAGCUUUCUGAGGAUACGGCUCGUGGAACAACCAUCAUCAACCUCAAGGCCACCGAUCCAGACCAGGGGGCCAACGGAGAGGUGGAGUACUCGCUCAGUAAACACACACGUCCUGAGGUUCAGCGGCUCUUCUAUGUGGAUCCCAAAACUGGAGCUGUGAGUAUUGCAGCCCCUCUGGACUACGAGGCCCAGCCCUCUUAUGAAGUGGUCAUACAGGCUCGUGAUCGUGGGCCUAAUGCGAUCCCCACCCACUGUAAACUGCACGUCAAGCUGACAGAUGUGAACGACAACGCACCGAGGAUCCACAUGACCUGGACUCCACCAAACUCACCUGUGGCGACUGUGCUGGAAGGGGCAGCAGAGGACACUUUCCUCGCUCUGGUGAUGGUCUCUGAUGCAGACUCAGGGGAAAAUGGCAGAGUGAAAGCACACAUCCAACAUGGGUCUGGUCCUUUCCGCCUUAAACGCAUCCAUGGCGACAACUACAUGAUUGUGACCAAUGGCAGCCUGGAUCGAGAGAAGGUAAUGCAGUACAACAUCACAGUUCUCGCCCAGGACUAUGGAGAACCCCCCCUGUCUUUUGUCAAACACCUGCCCGUCCAUGUUUUGGAUGAGAACGACAACGCCCCUGUCUUCUCCACCUCCCUCUACAAGGCUACUUUCAAGGAGAACAACAUCGCUGGUUACCACGCUCUCAAAGUUGAAGCCCAGGAUGUUGACCUGGAGCUCAGUGGUAGGGUGUCCUACUUCUUACGCAACUCCAACGAAGUGGAAACCAACUCACAGUCCUUCACAAUCCACCCAACUAGCGGCAUCAUUAGCGUCCAGCGCCCCCUAGACUACGAGGAAUCCCACAGCUUCUCCUUGAUUGUGGAGGCUGUUGAUCAGGGUUACCCUCCUCUAACCAGCACCACCAAUGUUCAAAUCGAUGUCCAGGAUGUGAACGACAACUACCCAAUCAUUACUGAGCCAAAACCUCGAAAGGGUGUGGCCUCUCUGAGCGUACCUGUCGAUGCAGACAAAGGGGAGAUAGUCACAGAGCUGGGGAAUGAUCUGGAGGAGGCAUCCACCAUUUUGCCGAUCAAUCGUGCAGUAAGAGAGGGACUUGGAUUCCUGGCGUCGACUAUUGUCGCAGAAGAUCCAGACUCAGGGCUGAAUGGAGAAGUCAACUACCUCAUCACUGAUGGAAACCCUCAUGGACUGUUCUGGUUGGAUCAGGUUUCGGGCCAGCUGUUUGUUAACACCACCAAUGCAACUGAGCUCAUUGGGAAAACCUUUAAGGUGAACAUCGCGGUGUCUGACAUGGGCAGUCCGAGCCUGACCACCAAGGCUACUCUGGAGGUGGCCUUCAUCAACCUCAAGGACCAUCUGAAGAACUCGUCGCCUGGUCACCGAGGACAGCUCAGCUUCACGAUGAUGAUGGCGAUCUGCCUGGGUGCCACCUGCCUGCUGCUUCUGUUGGCAAUCGCUUUGGUGACAACCUUCUGCCGCCCAGAGAAACGGGACAACCGGGCGUACAACUGCAGGCACGCUGAAUCCACCUACACCCGCCAUCCACGGCGUCCGCAAAAGAACAUCAGAAAGUCUGACAUCCAGCUGAUACCCGUCAUCAGAGGCCGAAAGGAUGAGCCCCCUGAGGAUGACGGCGAAGCCCAGCCAUUGGCUCUGCCUCCGAUGAUGCAAGAGGAACAACAAGCUGAUAGACAGUAUACCUUGACGUCAUCCGCCAUGAACACAAGCUUCCAUUCCCAAGGCUACCAAGACAUCGACGCCACUCAACCCGUCACCCACCACACCAGAACUCUCCGGAAACCUGGAAACAUCGAACUGGAUGGCAGUUUGCCUCUGACGCCUGCCACGUCAUACCGCUCUCUUCGAAAAGCUCGGAACCCUUCAUCGUCCUCAUCAGCCUCUCAUUCGAGCACCUUGAAGCGCAAAACCCAUCUUGAAGGCCAAGAGGCGGAGCUGACUGGUGCAGAAUCUCAGGCGACUCUCAGGAGGCCGAAAACCUCAGAGGGACGAGGAGGCCGUGAUGCAGAACACCGGCAGAUUCUCCGAAACCUGGUUCGACUGUCUAUGGCUGCAUUUGGAGACUCCAUUGAGCUUUCAUCGGCUUCACCAGAAGUGCAAGUAAGUUGAUCGUUGUUUUUUUUAACUAUCACAGUAGAGACACUAAAUUAAACUGAUCUUAACAGCGUCUUUGAUUAGUCUUAUUCACUUUCAGCUGUUUGCUGAUAAGCAACAGAUGAUUAUAGAAACGGUCAUUAUAGAAGUCAUUCAAAAGCCCUACUAAUAUGUUUAUUUUUACACACAGUUAUGAGCCCAGAUAACAAAUGUCGAUGUUUCAAAAGGAUCAGUCUGAUUCUAUCAUAGAGAUGAAAUCCAACAGAGCUUACCUUAGUAAGUCAGUGAUGAGGAAUUAUUAACUGAUUGACCUGGAACCAGUUUCGUGAUGUCUCUUGGUGAAGCAAUAAAACCCAUUAUACAUACGUUUUGAUGAGGUAAUACAUUAAAUUUUUGUCUAAGAAGACGUAUAAAUGAUCAGUUAACUCCAAUAAAUACUGAGUAGAUACGCUAACGUUCAGCAUAGACUGUCAACAUGGAUUGACAACGUGUUUCAUAUAAUUAUUAAAUUUAAGUAGAAAAGGAAUAUUGGCUCCAACAGUCCCCAAAACCUCCUCUUUUGUUCUGGAAACUCCGAGGCCUUUACCAUGAGAAGCAUGUUAACACUGUAACUGUUAAUAAUAUUGACACACAGUAAAAUUGAGGUUCUGUGGGAAAACUCUGAGUUAAAUUUAAAGUAUUUACAGAGAAUAAUCUUGUGGGACAAAACAUUUUAAAAUGACCUAAUAUGAAAGGAUAUAAGCCAGUAACAAGUGACUAACAAAAAUGUUUACCUUGACAUGCUUGGUUUAUCUGAGUUUGAGUUCUUAUGUGGAUAAAAAUGACUAAAAUCAAAAACUAUAAUCAUUUUGUUGCAUCUAAUCUUUCAGCAAAGGAGUCAGGCUUUCAGUAUUUUCUAUGUUUACAUACAUUUAUUGAUCGUUUCUGUAAUCUGAUGGUGUUUAAUAAGGUCCAAAAGGCUCUUUAUGUGUUUAAUAAUGUUUAAUCCAAGCCUGCACAGCACAGUAUUUAUACUACUAACAUUAUUUGUUAAGUGGUUGUGAGUAUCAGUCGGGUUUAACAGCAUGAUUACAAGUUCCUGAGUUAACUUCACCACAAGUGUAUUCAUCAAAUCUAUGCGUUUUCAUUGCAUUAAUAAUUAAACCGAACGAGCCUGAUGGUUUUCUAAUGUCUUCCUAUUUGCAUUCUCAUCUGUAUCUUAAACAUUAGCUCUAAUGCACUGCUGCUGCCUCCCAUUUAAAUGUCAUUUACCUCCAUUUAAAACCUGUGAUCACAUUUAUUUCAACAUGUGCUUACAGUUAGUGUUGCAGUAAUUAAGUCUCCCCCUGCAGGCUUUGAGAUUAAUCUGAAGUGAAGUCCAUUAGAGAGUAGAGAGUCGGAGCCCCCACCCCCCCACACACCCCGCUAACACACACACAAAGCCCGGCUUCCAUUACAUUUUCCCAGCAGCCUCUGCUUUUUCAGCCUCCUGUAUGAUGACUUACUCAGACGGCCUCAAGGCUGGAGUCGGGUGUGUGGGAGGGGGGCGCAACAAGCUGAUGGAUGGCUGUGAAGCCCGAAGCAGCAAGUUUAUUCAGGUGCUCAUGUGUCACCGAGAGUAAUCCCCUCCAGAGAACGUCUGACAGGCCUUUUUUUGGGCUGAAUAUCAUGUAUCAGAUCUAUAUAAAAAACCAGAGGAGGAGGAGGAGGAGGAGGAGGAGGGAGACCGGGUCUUGUGCUGUGCAGGAUGGGGGGUCUGAGGGGGUUGAGGGGGAGCGUCCAGGCCAGCUUAGUUGUGUUUGUAGAGUAAUCUUACACCGCUCCGACACGCUGCUCCGUCACUUACUUCUGACCUCAAAAAUCACUUUUACCAAGUCGAGCCGCUGCAGGAAAAGAAAACAGCCCGCGCUAAAAACAGCAUCUGAGAGUGCCGAGACCAGAGCAGAGAGUAGAGAAAUACUCACUUCGAACCAUGUGGCUCCACAGUUUCAUAGAGAUUCGUGUGUUAACAUUUCUGAGCUCAGAUCUGUUGCCCCUGAUUGUGUGAAAUUGUCCAGCUUCCUCAGCCUUGGUUUGUUUUAUUCAUGUUUAACAUUUAGGCCGGUCAGUCAGUUAUCAGUGAUGGAUUGGCCGGUUCCUGUGCACAUACAUACACAUCAGAAUUAUUUAUUUAUCUGUUUAUUAAGACUUAAAACAUCUACUUCCUGACAUUAAAGCUGUUCCCUCCUGUCAGUCAAGUCAGCUCUGCCUCUGAUUCGCUGAUCUGGUGUCCUUAAAAUCAUCGUUACAUUCGUGUCGAACAAAAAUCACUUCCUUUCAGCUUUCAGACCAAAAGGCUUUUUUUAAAAAGAGUGCUAUUAUUUCUACAACGGCGCAUUAGGGCCACAUUAAGAAAAAAAGAAUAAGACUUUGUAAUUACUUAUAAGAAUAAAGUCGUAGCUAAUAUUCUAACCUGUUGUUAGUUUUUUAAAUGCGCGCUGUGGAGCAUUUAGAUGAAUUGAACUUCAGUAGCUGGUUUCACAAACAAGGAGAUACUAAAUCCUUUGGCGUUUCAUCAUCACAUUGUCAGAAGUAUCAGGACAUACGAAAGAAAUGCAUCUUUUUUUCACAGAAAAAACCAGGUGGACUUGUAGGAAAUCGCUGUUUUUGAGGAGGGGGAAAUGCUGGAAAUGGCUGUGCAGAGGUUAAAUCCCUAAAUGCAGCUGUUUAUGGCUUUAGUUUAUCGUAUGAAUCUAUUAUCUAUAAGGUGUUGGUGCCUCUGCAGGUGUCGGUGUCUGUCGGUGUCUGUCAGUGUUGUGCCGGCGUCAGAGACAGACGCGGUGCUCAUCGGAGCUCGACUCCCUCUGGAUCGCAAAUGUUGAUCAUCAGUUGGAUUUUUUCUUGAGAAACCACAAAAGCCCUCUGAAUGGUCGACUGAUGUACCCACAGAUAACUCUGCAGUCGACCAGUUCAGACAUUUCCUCCUCCACAAAAGCAGAUUCAAGACUUCAUUCACUUUAUGACUUUAUUCUCGUAAAUAAUGACUUUAAUCUCGAAGUCUUAUAUUUUUCUUUCUUAAUGUGGCCCUAAUACUCCGUCGUACGUUUCCAAUUAAAUAUGUUCCGAUCAGAAAUGAGUGAUUAAAAGAAGGUUUGAAAGCCCCUCCUCAAAUUCAUCCAAGAGUAACUCAGUACCUGAUCCUGGAACCAGAAACUGGGUCUGAACUACAGAAAGGUUCAGACCAGCGUCAUUGAGGCCAAAAGUCAGCGCCGCCGCCCAGCAGACCAGAACAAAGAUCUCGGCCAGGUCCGACAUCCUCACGUGAGGCCCAUUAGAGAAGGGAAGAGGCUCUUUUUUACCCAGCAUCCUCCUCUCCUCCGACCCCCCCCCCAGUCGGCCCAGUUGGCACUCCUCAGGCUUCAGGCGUUCCUCUCCUCCCUCGAGGUCAAAGAGGAAGAGGCCUGCUGGAGGAGGGGAAUUCACCGCUCACCUCUACCUCCACUAACACACAUUCACAACACACACACACACACACACACACACACACACCUCCCCUCGUCCACAUUUCGGAGCCCAUCCUAACAGGAAACAGGCCAGAAGAAUAGGCUUUUACGUAGAGGCCAUUUCCUGUCCCUGCAGCGGCAUGCACGUGCAAAAACACACAAAUGUCAGGGCUGAAACAAAGUCAUAUAUUAGCAUGCAAACACACACACACACACACACACACACACACACACACAAAUACUUACCUUCCACAGUGUGUGUUGGUGUUUCCUCCCUGGUGUGUGGAGUGUAUCCGCUGUAUAACAGAGCUGUCAGCAGAAAGCUGGGGGGCAGUGAGACGCACACAGAGCUGCAGUUCUCACACUGAAUACACAGAUUAAAAAAAAGUGAAAAAGUUGAUCCUCACUUCACCUGGAGCUGCUCAGUGUUGAAGCGGCUGAACCAACACAAGGACAAACCCUGAUGGGUCAGAACCGCAAAGACUCGGGUUCGAAAGAGAUCGGUUAAAAUCUCACUUUUCAAACAGAUUCCUGCAAAAGUUCAGAAGAGGUUCUGGUUUUGUUUCACGCAUCAAGUCAACAUAAAUGAAUGAUCAGAUCAGAUCAGAUUUUAAUCUCUGGAUUAUUUUGCUCUGCAUUAGAAAACUCAUAAAUCUAGAUUACCAACGAUCCAUGGGGCAGAUGCGGGGUAGUCUGUGCUGGUUUGAAGUCCUGGUUGACGAUCGGAGAAGCAGUUGAAAAAAACUGAGCCGUUGAGGCAGAUUUGAAAAAAAGCGUCCCCCCCCCACACACACAAACCUCUCCCCUCUGUGCUCCAUGAUAACUCCCCCCUGAACCUGUAUCACCCUCCCCACGACACACCCCCUCUAGCAGAAGAUCCUACGCUAGCUUCAAAUAGGAUUCAUCAUCUCGGAUUGUUAGUGACUAGCGGCAGUAAACGCCAGCUCUGCUAGCGAGCGCCGUCUGCAGCUGCCUGGACAGCUACCAUGUUGACAUCGCAGAGACAAAUAAGAGUUAUUUAUGUAACAUGUGCCACGAUAAAAGGAGAUAAAAGUUGUUGUCCUUGUUUGGUCACAUUUCCUCUUCGACUCUUUCUUCUGUCGGCUUGCGUUUUCUUCCCACUGUUGGCGGUGGGGCAAGCAGAAGUGUUGUUUUUUUUUUGUGUCCUUCUCCAUCACAGCUCCUGUAGGUGAUUUUUUUUUUUUUUUUGUUGGAUGGUAGGGGAAGGUCCCACCCUCCUUCGCCUCUGAUUGGCUAGAAGUGCUGGGCUCUGAUUGGUUAUUCCUAAUGGCUGUGAAACGUCAUCGUCGGUCGGGUUAGGGUUAGGGUUAGAAGUGCGAUAUAGUUCUGUAAUGUUCUGUUUGAUGUACAGAGCCGACAGCCCGAGUUUGGCUUGAGCGUGUGAUGAUGUUUCCAGCUUUUCUAGCCAAUCAGAGUCGAAGGAGGCGGGACUUUUCCCUAGCAUCCUACAUAAAAAAUUGCCUACUGUAGCUAAGCUGCUACGCUACUUUUAGCCGCUCAGAGCUCCGAGGAGGGCCGGGAGAGUGGGAGGGGACGAGUCGGGAGAGGGGUGUGUCGAAUACAGCGAGGUGAUUGGAUGGAGAGGCAGAGCAGGAGAUUGACCAAUAGGAGCUGUCCGGGACGGAUGGCUCCCAUUGGUCGAUGGACGAUGGUUUUUUUCCGUUCUUUGUUCUCUUCAGUUUGUGGAGAUCGCACUUGAGGACCAUGAUCGCCAUAGAAACGACGUUCAUCUCUCCAAUCGUCAACCAUGCCUUUAAGCCUCCUGGUUUUAUCCAGGAUUUUUUGGUAUCCUGUUUUUGUGUAAACGUCAUAUCCAGAUUUUAAAUUUCACCCAAAACAGUAUCCGUAUUUUUAAGAAACCUGAUUUAGGUUCCCAAAGACUUGGGAUCAUAGACAUGCUGCACAGGCCGCUGUCAGCUAAAUGACAAAAACAUGUUUUCUCUUUAUUCGUGUGACGUUAAGAAUUUAUUUUGUUUUGUUUACUGCAGCUGGUGUCUUGCAAACUGGCAAAACCAACAAAAUCCGAACACGGAUGUUUGUUUCGCCGUUUUUACACAUAUCGUGGAUCUUCAGAUCUGGUGUAAAUGCAUUAUUCUAACUGUCUCCCCCCUUCUCUCUCCCUCCGUCAUCCCUCCUCUUCCUCCCUGCAGCAGAUCUCCCAGCUCCUCUCUCUCCUCCGGCAGGGUCAGCUGCAGCCGAGGCCGAACUUCAGAGGGAACAAAUACUCUCAUCGUAACGGCAGGUCGGUCUCACUCCUCCUCCUCCUCCUCCUCCUCUGUCCUCCAUCCAUCAUCACAUUUUCUCCCUUUAGAUGAUAAAAAAAAGACUUUCUUGAUGUUUGAAGCUCAGAGUUUUUGUUUCAUAUCUUCUUUUUGAAGCUUGGUUACAGUUUUCCACCCUUAACUUCCACUCUUCAGUGUAGGUUUAUAGAUGAACCGUCGUAUGGAUGGUGCUGCAGAUGUUUGAGCAUAAAUCAGAUAGGAGAGCGGGGCCACUCUGCAGAUUAUGUUAUUUACUGCUUUUCAAACCUUCAUUUUUCUGUAUCUGUAUGUGAAGUGGUGAGUAGGACCUCCCACUGUCUGUCUCCUGUGGUUUUUCAGCCUAAAUGAAAAUCAUAACUGCAGAGCGAGGCUGGUUUGAGUUUGCGGCUGUUUGUGGUUUUUAAAAUGCAGUUUUCUGGUGGUAUAAUGAGGCCGCAGUGAGCACGUCUGACAUCCAGUUUUGCUUCAGAUGACACUCAUGUAUGAUGUGUUUAUACUGUCGGUGCAGAAAUGUGAAGGAAGCUCGAGUGUUUUUAAAACCCUCUGAGAUCUAAGUGACUAAUAGGUGCGGCUGUCGUGCAUGCAUGAACGCUUUGAAACAGGCUGCGACCUUUUAUAGGGGAAAACAGAAACUCUAAAUGUCAUAGAUAAGUGUUUAUUUUUGCAUCAGGCAGACUCAAGUUGUUAAUAGAAGCUGUUUUAAACCAGAAUAUAAUUGUUACAUUCGUAUCUCCAAAGCCACCAAACCCCAUUUAUAAAAUAAUUCAUUAUAUCAACAAGAGUUACUGAAUUAUUGCUGAAUUAUUUGUCAGAUUUUUAUGUUAUUUUGCAGCCAUUCAGUUUGAGGCGGCUCAUUUAUGCCCCAAAUUGCAUCUUUAACAAACGAAAAACAGAAACUAGAGGCAGGAAUAUUCUCUAAACCUUUAAUGUUCUAAAAGCUUAAAUUACAGUUUUUCUCAAUGGGGUUUGGCAGCUGCCUAGACAGCGUCAUAAAAGCUGUUUCUGCAUCUAAAAACUUAGCCUUUGAGUGG